AUGUCUGGUCAGUAUACGGAAGCCCCCACCUCCGAGGUAAAAGCUUCGUACUGGUUCCCAGAUGGAGAGAACCCGGAACAAGAUCCCAAAACCUCGGCCGAAAAAAUUGACUCAGCUCUCUUCACUCACCUUUUCUGCGCCUUCGCCGAUCUCGACGCUGCCACCCACAAAGUUAUUAUCUCCCAAGCGCACCAACUCAUAUUUUCAACCUUUACUGAAAUCGUCAAGAUUAAAAACGGACAGGUGAAGACCGUCUUGUCGGUCGGCGGAAGAAGUGCAGACAAUACUGCGUUUGCGUCCAUGGCAAGUAAACAAGAGUCUAGGAAAUUGUUCAUUGAUUCUUUGAUUUCGAUCGCUUUAUCAAACGGAUUCAAUGGUAUCGAUUUAGCCUGGGAGUACCCUAACAGUGACGCUGAGAUGAAAGACUUUGGGGCCCUAGUUGGGGAAUUGCGAACAGCGGUUGACGCGGAGCACACACGCACAACCAAACCGACUUUGCUGUUGACAGCUGCGGUAUACUACUCCUCGGUUUACGAGACGUUUAACUACCCGGUUGAAGUGAUGAAAAAAAACUUGGAUUGGGUUAAUAUCUUUGCCUUUGAUUUUUUCGGUUCGUCCAUUACCAUUGGUCCACCCGCCG